UUUCGGGGUAAGGCAGAAGAAGGCUUGAAAGGGGUGAGUAAGGGUUUGUGAUCAGGUGCAGUAAAAAGUGAUUCCCGCAUGAAAAGGAAAGCAGGUGCCGGGCGAGAGGUGAAGAAUAUGGAAAGGCAUCACUUCUCACUCUUAUUCUUGCACCAUCAAACACUGAUCUGACUCAUCAUCUUUAAUAUCUACCAAGUGAAAUUAGGAGUAUGGGAAGAGGGAAGAUUGUGAUUCAAAGGAUCGACAACUCCACGAGCAGGCAAGUGACUUUCUCAAAGAGGAGAAAGGGAUUGAUCAAGAAAGCCAAAGAGUUAGCCAUCCUCUGUGAUGCCCAAGUUGGACUUGUCAUAUUCUCCAGCACAGGAAAGCUUUAUGAAUAUUCAAGCACCAGCAUGAAAUCAGUGAUCGAGAGAUAUAAGACAUGCAAGGGGGAACAUCAACUAAUAAAUCCAGAAUCUGAAGCCAAGUUUUGGCAAAGGGAGGCAGAAGGUUUAAAGCAGCAAGUGCAGAAUCUACAAGAAAACCAUAGGUACUCUUCUGGAAGCACGUCUCAGACAAGAAGGCAAUUGCUUGGAGAACAGCUCUAUGGUUUGAGUGUGAGAAACCUACAGGAUCUAGAGAAUCAACUAGAAAUGAGUCUCCAAGGUGUCCGCAUGAAAAAGGAAAAUACUCUGACAGAUGAGAUCCAAGAGCUGAACCGAAAGGGAAACCUCAUACAUCAGGACAACAUGGAGCUUUAUAAGAAGGUAAACCUCAUUCAACAAGAAAACAAACAACUACGCAAAAAGGUGUAUGGCACAACUGAAACGGCGACAACGAGCAGAAAUCCAUUUGUUCUGUUUCCAAAUGCAGGAGGGUAUCCACAAUCAGUGGUCCAAUUUCAGUUAAGCCCGCCUGAGCAAGAAACAUCAGGCAGUGCCACAAUUUGAAGGUUGUGGAGUGAUAUUUCAGCAAUACACUCAGAAAAAUAUAAUGAUGAUAUUGCAAUUUGCAGCUUAAUAAGGACAUCAAAUGAAGUGAAGGUUCAUCUGGUAUAGAUGAAUAGUAUACUAAUCACAAAUCCCACAAGAGAAGCCUUAAUGUAGUAUUAUUAUCUGAAAUUGGAUGAUAAAAGCUUAUUAUUAUCAGUACAAGAACAUUUUCAUGUAUAAUUGCAUAUGCAAAAUAUCGAAUAAAAUCUUCCUUUUCGUGGCUUCA